UUGAGUCGCUGUACAGCUAGCAAGUACGUUCACUGCGCUGGAGAUUGGCAAGAAAGUUUUCUGACCUUUUGUUGUUGUUGUUGCUGUAAUUGCUAAUUGAGUCUUUGAAAGGCAGAAGUACGUGUCUCAUCUGACUACCUACUUCUCUUCUCAACCCUUCCUCUAGACAUGCUUCAAUACAUCAAUCCUCUUCAAAUUGCCCUGUUGCUCCUGGCAGUGACGACGGCAAAAGAGUUCACCUCCGAGGAGAAGGGACAGAAUGUUGAACUUCAGUCGUUCACCACCAACUCUCCGGAAAGCAUCAGUGCAAUCUUCAAGUCUGGAGGCUUACUCUUCAACAUCAGUUCCUAUGUCCAGGAUGAAGCACUAUCGACAUUGUGGAAAGCGGGAGAUGAGGAAGCAGGGAACGUUGUUUCACUGAUCUCUUUGAUUGAUUUAGAAGAUAGAAUUGUAAAGAAUGAGCUGCCCUUAGUUCUUUCUAAGCUUGUGAUUCCAAAGAAGUACUUGUAUGGGCGAAAAAUUCCAGAUAUGGAAGGGAGGAUAACCUCUGCAGCAAAGGACAUGUUAAAGGCCUCUCAGAAGGUGUCAACAUUUACAGUACUUGACCUCUCUGACCUAGUCCACCUUUAUGAUGUCAUGAUCAGCUCUCUGGUUCCAAUCGCUGAUGUGCAACACAAAUUCAACCAGGGGAGGGCAGGGUUCAUCUACCACGACUCCAUCGCCAGGACGGCCCUCCGUCUCUCGAAGGGAGUCUCACCAGAGGGCGCGUGUCCGGCUCACCAAGCUUAUGACUUCCAGGGGUUGUUUGCGUGUCAGCAGGAAUACAGCCACCAUGCAAAGAAGGUCCUUUCAUCACAACUCUUCGAUUGCAAGGAUGUGGAAUGUAUAAAGAAGAUAAAGUGGUAUCUAGUCCAUUUGCUGGACAAGGAUACCAGUGGUCUUGAUCUGGAGGAAACAACAGAGCUUGUGGAAGAUGUCCUAGGUCUAGGGGCUGGAAACAACUCCAAGUUAGCUGAGGAAAUAGCAAGACUGAUCGCAUGUGGCAACAUCAGCUGUUUUCAACCAGGAUGCAACUCAUGGAUUUACACUGAUGGCUGGUUCAUCGAUGGGGCUGACUGGGGAUGCUGUGGGGACUACAGGGGAUGCUGUUUCCUAGCAACGGAAGUGUGUCUCGUCCAUGAUGCCAUCUGUACCUGCUGUUCCUUCCCUGGCUUCUGCUUGGAUCCGUUCUGUAAACCCGACGCAUGGUGCAGCAAUAUGACCACGCCUGCCCCACCGUUCCCGUAAUGCUCUGUGAGAUGCUACUCCAGCUAGCUAAUAAGUACCGGUAUAUUGAUUUUACCAGUCAAGGAUAAUUUUUUUCGGGAUUUUGUCUUGAUUUAUUUCACUUUCAGAUGCAUUAUGUAUUCUCCAUUUAGAAGACACAGUGAUUGUACACUGAAAAUAAGUGCAAGUGCAAUCACUCUGUUGUUUUCUCUCUAUCUCUCUUCUUUCACUCACAAUGGUUCUUUAUCAUGGGCAUCUUAUGCACUUCAGUUGGUAUUAAAUUAUUCAUGCAUAUUUGCACUAAAAGAAUAUUCCUCAUACCACGGGCCCAGCCCUAGCUCUUUUUUAAUCACUAUAGGUUGGGUAGCUGUUAGACAGGAGAUGAUGCCCCGGUGGGGGUGGCAUUUGCUCCAGGACUUAUUUUGUCAUUAUUUGAAAAAUUGUGAUUGUGAUUUAGGGUUUAAUAGCUUUGUAUGACAUUUGGUGUUAAUUGUGGUGUUGGGUCCUAUGAUGAAGUUAGGAAUUUGACUACCUGGCUAGAACUCUACCUUCGUCUCUGAAACAGCUUUCCUUCCAGGGCAUUAAAAUAAUCAUUUUCGUUUGAUAAUUUAGAUCCAAAAAAGAUACUGGUGCACAAUUUUUGUAAAAUCAUUUUAUUUUGAAAAAUUAACCUCACCAGAACAAUGACAGCUCAAUAUAUGAUUAAGUAAAUAUCACAGAAUAUUAUAGAAAAACAUCAUUAAAUACCUGUAGACCUGAGAAAAGCUAAUGUUAAAGAGGAUUGAUUGGAACAACAAUAAUUUGAAAUGUUUUUGACUUUGUAUUUUCUUCCAGU